CCCUGGAAAGGCUCCAGCUACUAAUGUGAAAGAACAUUUAAUCCAGCGGUCCGGCUUUUAAUUGGGAUAUUGCCAUGAUCAGCAUGGAUUCCCCGCGACGUCCUGCAGACCGUUAAAACUGGUUAGACAGAAGUGGAGGAGGAGAAGAGGACUGUUGUGGGCCGAGGAAGCCAUGGCUGCUGCCUAAAAAGACACACACACACGGACGCACACUUGCACACAGAAGGUAGCCCUUUCCUGGUGGAGGGAUCCAGGUCCUAUUGCCAUGGCUGGUGGGAAGCCGGAACUCAAGAGAAGCAUCUCUAUCAUUCCCUGCUUUGUGUUUGUGGAGCUGGUGAUCAUGGCAGGCACGGUGGUGCUCGCCUACCACUUUGAAUACACCGAUACUUUUCCGGUGCACCUCCAAGGCUUCUUCUGCUAUGACAGUGCCUACGCCAAGCCCUACCCGGGUCCCGAGGACUCCAGCCGAGCACCUCCAGUCCUGGUCUACUCCCUCGUCACUGCUGUGCCCACUGUAACGAUUCUUGUUGGAGAACUGGCUGCCUUCUUUCUCCAGCCCAAAAGACAUGAGGAGAAAACAAUAAUCUCAGGCGAAUGUUGCUAUUUCAACCCACUCCUACGUCGCAUCAUCCGCUUCUUGGGCAUCUAUUCCUUUGGUCUCUUCACGACCACCAUCUUUGCCAAUGCUGGCCAAGUGGUGACCGGCAACCAGACUCCGCACUUCCUCUCUGUGUGUCGACCCAACUACACCGCGCUGGGUUGCCAGCCUCCUCCGGGCACUGUCUAUGUCACAGACAAAGCCGCCUGCACUGGGAACCCUGCCCUGGUUGCUGCCGCGCGCAAGGCCUUCCCGUCGAAGGAUGCUGCCCUCAGUGCCUAUGCUGUGGCCUACACUGUGAUGUAUGUGACCCUGGUUUUUCAGCUGAAGGGCUCCCGCUUGGCCAAGCCUUCCUUGUGCCUGGCACUCCUGUGCCCUGCCUUUUUGGUGGGCGUGGUGCGUGUGGCUGAGUACCGGAACCACUGGUCUGAUGUGCUGGCUGGGUUCCUCACGGGUGGGGCCAUUGCCACUUUCCUGGUGACUUGUGUGGUCAACAAUUUCCAAAGCACUCCAUCUACAACCAAGAAAGCUUCCACUCCGGAAAAUCUGCCCAGCGUUCCAGUCAUGGGAUUACCCUGUGUGGAGAGCUCCAUUGAAAAGUUAAGUGUGGCUCAGCAGGUGAGGGACCCCCCAGAAGAACAGGAGUUUUCUACGCUACUCUCCAGAGGCCUGGAAAGGCAGCUAGCGCGAUCUCUCCGCCUGGCGGCGCCUGGCAGCGCGGCGAUGGCCCGCCCCUACGAAAUCACGGAGCUGUGUUCACAGAGGUCACCUGACCCUCAACUGUGUCUCUUUCCCACCACCCCAGAUGUCCUCAUUCCCUCCCGGUCAGUCACCAGUGAGGUGUGAACCACAAAGGCACUCCUGGUGUUCUUACAAUGGGCCUGAGGUUUUGUUUUUGUUUUGUUUUUGGGGGGGCAGGGGGCAGGGUCUAUCCUUCUUACACUCUCAAUUUCCCAACCUCUCCCUGGAAUUUCCUGGGAUUAGAUUUGAUGGUUUUCACGACAUGCUUCAGAUUCCACAAUAUGAGUGUGUAACACAGUUUGGGGAGGAGGACCAAGACAGAAGAAGAUAGAACUGGAAACCCUCUCCGUUUUCCAACGUGCCUGAUGCCACCUGCAGAGGCUCGGUGCGGCUGUGAAGGAGCGACAGCACCUCCACCAAGGCUGAGCAUCCUGGAUUUUAAUCAGAGACUUUUAACGGCCUCCACUCUUCUUCUUGGUGCUGUUUCUUGCGCUUCUUUGAGGAAAGUGUAACCCACAGUGACUGACAAGCAUCUCUUCUUACAAACAUUGAUUCUAGCAACAACAAAAAAAAUCAGUGAGGUGCUGUUUCUAAGAACUGCCUUCAUCAAACUAGGAGACACCAUCUGGCACACUCUGUGCCCAAGGAAGAGAGAUUUGACUGAUGUAGGUGGUGGGGAGCUUGAAACUGAACAGUCAGAGAGGGGUUGAGUGAAGGUUUCACGUGAUGUCCAUCCAGAUGAAAUCAAUGGCCAACGUGGGAGAGACUAGGUUUGGAAUCCGGAUUAGUAUCCAAGACCACAAGCCAGGAGGGUCCAAACGUUUCUGCUACCACAGGUGGCUAUUAAGUUGUCAACGGGUCUGGGAGAUGCAGUCUUUAAAGGGGAGGAGCCAUGUUUCCUUUCCACGAUCUCUGUUCGUUCUAUAAACCAGUGUGGAGUGUGGAUAUCUGUGGAGUAUCCAGUUGAUGGUUUGCAGGCUAGCUGCUGGAAAGCCCUUUACUCUCGGGACCUCAACAUGUGAUUGCUAGUCAGAAUAUACAGCAUGCGGCCCCAGACCUGCCUCCAUUCAUCAGUAUAGCCCAGGUUCUUGUGUUCCCUUUGUUUAACCAUUUACCCAUAGACCCCAGAUUGUGGGAUUGCUUAGUGGUGAAGGAAUUACACCCUCUGCAACACAGUGCAGUGGUGCUCUGGUUUGCAAAGCAGAUGCUAAGCGCUUCAAUUAAACAGAACCCUUCGUAGAAUGGGUCUGCGGCUACCCUUCAGAGAAGAACUCUGAGGUGCAGUAUGACAGGACUUCAAGCCUGCAGAGUUCCUUAGUCUGGAUCCUUGAUCUCCUGUUCCCAGUAGAUGUGUUCCCACAGGGCACGGAUCCAUUUGCAUGUGUACUAUCUCCCUGUAGGCUAGGACUCAGAAGGCCUGGGUUCGAAUCCCUGCUCAGCCAGGGAAAUUCACUGAG